CAUUACUCUUCCUAGUCAUUUUGGUGAGAGAUGACUGAAUGGACGUAGCUGGAUAUAUCGACCGUGAUGCAGUCAAGGUGGACCCUGGAACACUUCUGAGUAAUCAGGAUUCCCCACCCAAACAAGAGAAAAAAGAAAAGAAAAAGAAAAAAAGAGAAAGAGAGAAAGAGACAGGAAAAAAAAAAAGGGAAGAUAAAAGAGAAGGUUCAACCCCAAUGGGCCCCAAGGUGAGAUUUAGGAAGUAUACAAACAAAAACAGACAAACAAAAAGACUGAUAAAAGUAUAUGACUAGAGGCAGUGCUGCCAACGCCCUGGGGGAGAAGCUGAGGUCAUCACUGAAUUUUGAAGUAUUUUAAGUGGAUACAAAACUGUUUCAGCAAUGCAGACAAUUAAGUGUAUUGUUGUGGGCGAUGGUGCCGUUGGUAAAACAUGUCUCCUGAUAUCCUACACAACAAACAAAUUUCCAUCUGAGUAUGUACCGACUGUUUUUGACAACUAUGCAGUCCCUGUUAUGAUUGGUGGAGAGCCAUAUACUCUUGGACUUUUUGAUACUGCAGGGCAAGAGGAUUGUGACAGAUUACGACCGCUGAGUUAUCCACAAACAGAUGUAUUUCUAGUCUGUUUUUCAGUCAUCUCUCCAUCCUCAUUUGAAAAUGUGAAGGAAAAGUGGGUUCCUGAGAUAACUCACUAUUGUCCAAAGACUCCUUUCUUGCUUGUUGGGACCCAAAUUGAUCUCCGAGAUGAACCCUCUACGAUUGAGAAACUUGCCAAGAACAAACAGAAGCCUAUCACUCCAGAGACUGCUGAAAAGCUGGCCCGUGACCUGAAGGCGGUCAAGUAUGUGGAGUGUUCUGCACUCACACAGAGAGGCCUAAAGAAUGUAUUUGACGAAGCAAUAUUGGCUGCCCUGGAGCCUCCCGAACCGAAGAAGAGCUGCAGGUGUGUGCUUCUAUGAACGUGUCUCCAGAGCCCUUUCCGCACAGCUGGUGUUAGCAUCAUACUAAAAGCAAUGUUAAAUCAAACUAAAGAUUAAAGAUUAAAAUUCGUUUUUGCAAUAA